AUGGCGGUGGUGGUGUUGCUUUUUCAAGAAAGGCCAGCCAGUAAAAAGCACUCUCACCUGCCCAGCCCCAUUGCAGCCUGGUUAAGCAGCCUGUCUUCACUGGGCGAUUCGGCUACAGGACGCAGGUCUCCAGGGCACCGCCGCCAGCCGUCUGACUGCACUGAAACGACAGGUUUGGUCCAACGGUGUGUCAUCAUCCAGAAGGAUCAGGAUGGCUUUGGCUUCACUGUCAGCGGGGACCGGAUCGUCCUGGUGCAGUCUGUCCGGCAAGGAGGAGCAGCCAUGAAGGCCGGGGUGCAAGAGGGGGACCGGAUCGUCAAGGUCAACGGCACCAUGGUGACAAACAGCUCCCAUCUCGAAGUGGUGAAGCUCAUCAAAUCCGGCGCCUACGUCGCGCUGACCCUCCUGGGGUCUCCUCCUCCCUCAGUGGUGCUCUCCGGCCCUCAGCAAGACGUGAGCGUAUCGGGGGCGCCCGGGAUUGCACCCCUGUGCCCCCCGCCGCCUCCCCCGCCUCCGUUGCCUCCACCGCAGCGCAUCACAGGACCCAAACCGUUGCAGGAUCCAGAAGUUCAAAAGCACGCGACUCAGAUCCUCCGCAACAUGCUGAGACAGGAGGAGGCUGAGUUACAGGUACGAUGCGCCGCCUGUCUCCUCCCUGUGCGGUUCUGCGAGGUGUACAGCCGGAACCCCGCCACCACGCUGGAGGAACGGAUCGAGGGGGCGCGCAGAAGGGUCAGCCAGCUGCAGCUCAAGAUCCAACAGGAAACAGGCAGCUCAGUGUUGCAGGAUUUGGGGCGGCCGUGCUGCAAUUCCGGCUCAGCCAGUCUCCGGGGGACGGAAGGCCGCCUCUCUCUGGACUCUCAGGAUGGCGACAGCGGUUUGGAUUCGGGCACUGAGCGGUUCCCUUCGGUGAGCGAGAUCUCUCUGAACCGGAACUCCGUUCUGUCCGACCCCGGCCUCGACAGCCCACGCACCUCCCCGGUCAUCACCUCCAAGAUGUUCCAGCACCAUCGCCGCCAAGGCUCGGACACGCCCUUCCUGCCCAUCGCGGAGCAGGGUUUGGACCGGAUGCCGAGGCCUCUCAUCAUCGGGCCAGAGGAAGAUUACGAUCCAGGGUAUUUCAACAACGAGCAGUGUGACACCCUCUUCCAGGACCUGGGGAAGCUCAAAUCCCGACCGGCUCACCUGGGUGUCUUCCUGCGCUACAUCUUCUCCCAGGCAGACCCAAGCCCCCUGCUCUUCUAUUUGUGCGCAGAAGUUUGCCAGCAAAUGAACUCCAAGGAUUCCCGGGCGUUGGGGAAGGAGAUCUGGAACAUCUUCUUGGAGAAGAACGCGCCUCUGAGAAUAAAGGUGUCUGAGCAGUUGCUAGCUGACAUAGAGUCUCGCCUGCGGAACGGGGAGGACGUCCGAAGCGCCUUCUCCGAGGCUCAGGACGCAGCGAUGCCCGAGAUCCAGGAGCAGAUCCAGGACUACAGGACGAAGCGCACCAUGGGGCUGGGAAGCCUGUAUGGAGAAAACGACCUGCUGGAUCUGGACGGCGAUCCCCAGAAGGAGCGCCAGGUGGCUGAGAAGCAGCUUGCUCAGCUGGGCGACAUACUGUCGAAAUACGAAGAGGACAGGAGCUCCCCCAUGGCCUUUGCCCUCAGCACCUACAUGAGCCACACGGGAAUCCGGAUGCGGGAGGCCCGGCCGGCCAGCACCAGCGAGAAGUCUCAGGCCUUCCCAGACAAGGACAAGUGGCUGCCCUUUUUCCCCAAGGCCAAGAAGAGCAGCAGCACGAAGAAGGACAAAGACGCGAUGGAGGAUAAGAAACGCAAUCCCAUCCUGAAAUACAUUGGGAAGCCCAAAAGCUCCUCCCAGAGUACAUUUCAUGUCCCUUUGUCCCCUGUGGAAGUCAAACCCGGCAACGUGAGGAACAUCAUCCAGCACUUUGAAAACAACCAGCAUUGCGAGUCCCAGGAGCCUGGCACGCAGCGCCUCUCCACCGGCAGCUUCCCUGAAGAGCUGCUGGACUCGGACAGUUCCAGGUCAGAGGUCAAGCUGGGCCGGUCGGAGAGCCUGAAAGGGCGGGAGGAGAUGAAGAAAUCGCGCAAGGCAGAGAACGUGCCAAGGUCCCGGAGCGACGUGGACAUGGACGCCGCAGCAGAGGCCACGCGGCUUCACCAGUCGGCGUCGUCUUCGGCAUCCAGCCUGUCCACGAGGUCCCUGGAAAACCCCACUCCUCCCUACACGCCCAAGAUGGGGCGCAGGAGCAUCGAGUCCCCCAAUCUGGGCUUCGGCACCGACUCCUUCCUCCCCCACCUGCUGGAGGAUGACCUGGGCCAGCUGUCGGACCUGGAGCCGGAACCAGACUCUCAGAACUGGCAGCACACGGUCGGCCGGGAGGUCAUGGCUUACCUGACCCACAGGGAGAUCGACCGCCAGGAGGUGAUCAACGAGCUCUUUGCCACGGAGGCGUCUCACCUGCGGAUCCUCCGAGUCCUGGACGUCCUCUUCUACCAGCGGAUGAAGAGGGAGAACUUGCUGUCGCGGGAGGAGCUGGGCCUGCUCUUCCCCAAUCUCCCGGACCUGAUCGACAUCCACAAUUCUCUGUCUGAAUCCAUGAAGAAGCUCCGAGAAGAAGGACCAAUCAUCAAGGAGAUCGGGGAUCUCAUGCUUUCUCGGUUCGACGGGCCGGCGCGGGAGGAAAUCCAGCAGGUGGCGGCCGAUUUCUGCUCGUACCAGUCCAUCGCCCUGGAGCUGAUCAAAACCAAGCAGCGCAAGGAGACCCGCUUCCAGAUCUUCAUGCAGGAAGCCGAGAGCAACCCGCAGUGCCGACGCCUGCAGCUCAAGGACCUGAUCAUCUCCGAGAUGCAGCGCCUGACCAAGUACCCGCUGCUGCUGGAGAACAUCCUCAAGCACACGGACGGCGGGACCCCGGAGCACAAGAAGCUGUGCCGCGCCCGUGACCAGUGCCGGGAGAUCCUCAGGUACGUGAACGAGGCGGUGAAGCGGGCGGAGAAUCGGCACCGGCUGGAGGCCUACCAGAAGCGCCUGGAUGCCACGUCUCUGGAGCGGACCAGCAACCCACUGGCGGCCGAGUUCAAGAACCUCGACCUCACCUCCCGGCGCAUGAUCCAUGAGGGGGCUUUGAGCUGGCGCAUCAGCAAGGAGAAGACGUUGGAUCUGCACGUGCUGCUGCUGGAGGACCUCCUGGUGCUGCUGCAGAAGCAGGAUGAGAAGCUGGUGCUGAAAUUUCACAGCAAGACGGCGCUGGGCUCCUCGGACACCAAGCAGACCUUCAGCCCCGUCCUGAAGCUCAACUCCAUGCUCAUCCGCUCCGUGGCCACAGACAAACGAGCGCUUUUCAUCAUCUGCACCUCGGAGCUGGGGCCCCAGAUCUACGAGCUGGUGGCGCUGACGCCCUCGGAGAAAAACACGUGGAUGGAGCUGCUGGAGGAGGCGGUGCAGAGUGCCAUGAGGAACGCCACCUCCCCCCCCAAACGCAGGGCCCGGGAGCUGCCCAUCCACAGGCCGGCCCCAUCCAGCCUGGUGCUGCAAGACCCCGACGUCUCCCCGAUCCUCUCCCAAGCCGACAGCUCCGGGGCGGAGGUGGAUGAUGUCUCUUCAGCGGAUGACAAUCCCACCGACUUCCUGGGCAAGGGGAAGCAUCCGGUGCUGCCGGAGGAGCCGGAGGCCGAAGGCAGUGAGGAGGAGGAAGAGGGGGAGGAGGCGCCGGCUGCCCCUGUGCCGGCACAGAGCUCUGUGGAGUUAGAUGAAGCUGGAGCGUCUGAGGCCCCGGGGCCCAGCAUGCGCCUGUCCCUCCCGGGACUUGUGUUGACAGAGGGACUGGCCGAAUCAGCCCUGGAGGACGUGGAGAACCUGCGGCAUCUGAUCCUGCGCAGCCUGCUGCCCUGCCGGGACCCGGAGCCUGAGGACGACCUGACCCCCACGCCCUCGGUGGCUGGAGGAGCCACGCAGCCCUGGGACUCGGUGCUGUCCAGCCAGGACUCAGGCUGCCAAGAGCAGUCGAUGGAGCCCUCAGGGCAGGGCGGCCCCACCAUGGACAGGGCUGGUCUCCCGGGCCACUCGCUCAGCGGCAGGACGGAGACGGAGACGGAAAGCCGGCCGAGCGCGGGGGAUGUGGAGGAGCCGGGCUGGAGUUCGGACGGCGGUCGGGAGGCGUCCCAGGAAGUGGAGAGACCCCCAGCUGCGGAGGGGCAGGGCGGCUACAAAGUGGUCCGGAAAGCUGAGGUGGAGGGCACUAAGGAUGCCACGCCCUUGGCAGACAGCAGCCAAUCAGAAACUGAGUUGCAUGAAGGAGGCGGAGCUAAUGUAGAUGGGAAUUACUUCUACGUCAGCAUGCCCGCCGGCCCCGCAGAGUCCUCCACCGAGCCCCCCGCUCCCAAGCCGCCAGCGAGCCCCGUGGAGCAGUCCCCCAGCCCGCCCCGCCCCGCCCUCGGCUCCCAGCAGCACGACCAGGACAGCACGCCGGGCCCCGGCAGCCUGGAUGGGGCUCCACCCCCCGAGCCGCCCGCCCCCAGCCUGGUGAUCCAGGACGUUGACAUGAUCUUCCGGACAAUAGAACAGCUCACGCUGAAACUCACCAGGCUAAAGGACGUGGAGAUGGCCCAUCGCGAGUUGCUGCGGUCUCUGGGAAGAGGUUCGUCGGCUGAGACCACCCCGGUGGGGGUCACCGCGCUGGAGAUGGGCCGGUGGCCGGAAUGCCCGCCCAGCCCUGCCAGCGAUCGCUGCCCCUCCCCUGCCCGGCGAGGCUGCGGGCCCCGGCAGCCAGCGAGCCUGGCUGCCGAGUCCCCUCGGAGGAACCCCUCUGCACCAAUGCCCUGCCAGGCAGGAGAUCUCCCCAAAGAUGGCUGGGAAGCUGGAGCAGCAGGGCACCCCCUGGACCCACCCAACCUGGGGAAAGCCACCUGGGAGGCGGGGCAGCCCGAAUGUUGA